AUGUAUUUUUACGAACGGUUUUGCCAGUGGUUAGGCCAUUUAAAAUUAUCCCGUGUUAUAUUACUGGUUUCAGUAAUAUUAUUUGUAGUUCCCCUGUUCACACAUUAUUAUUUAUCUAAGUAUGAUGAGACUGGCACUCUAUCUAGUAAUCCAAUGCGCCACACGCUGGAGGCUUUGGGUGAUAUCUCAACGAUGAAUGCAGCUGAUCUGAAACUAAGGAUUGAGGAAAUGUUGCGAAUAAAGGCUUCAGUAUCAACCGAGUUACGUGAACUGGAGGCAAAGCGCGGACGCUUGCAGCGGGAAGCAGCGGCAGCGAGCGCUAAGGCGGAUAGUGCUAAGGCAGAACACGCGCGAGCUGCUGCCGAGCUGCAGCGCCUGCGCGUGUCCGCCGACCAGGCCCGCAUCGCACAGCUAGAGGCCAUUCGACGUGAUUCACCAGAACUAGCCCCACCACUCCAAAUACUACCCUCAAGACCUCCGCCCAUAUUGCCGCCUAUUGCUUCUUCCUCUGAAGUCCACUGCCGCAUGUUUUCGUGCUUCGACCACUCCCGCUGCUCCCUAACAUCAGGUUUCCCUGUGUACCUCUACGACCCUGACGUCUUCGUGCCUCUUGCUGGCGCUGAGGUGGACGGCUUCCUGAAAACGACACUCAAGCAAACACUAGGCUACAACACCCACAUAACGCGCGACCCUAAUGAAGCGUGUGUCUACCUGGUCAUUGUGGGCGAGGCUUUUCCAUUUGUCAAGACUCCCGCGCCAACAACAGAUACGUAUAAGCUCCUGUUGAACGAGACUGCAAUCAAGAGAUUGCCGUACUGGGGUGGAGACGGACGAAACCACGUGUUAGUAAAUAUGGCGCGGAGGGAGCUGUCAGUCGGCUCGGGCGACGCUUUCCGAGGAGCCUCGAUAGGCCGAGCCAUGAUUGCACAGUCCACCUUCACACACGAACAGUUCCGACCAGGGUUUGAUAUCGUUAUGCCGCCCGCACUCGGUCCACCCGGGGGCGACGUGUGGGCUGACUGCGCGCCUAUAGCACCUGCAAGGCGGAAAUAUUUGCUAAGUUUUCAGGGUUCGCAGCCGCCGCCGAAAGGAAUAGACAAGGAUCACGAUAAAUCCCUGAUCGAGGCUCUGCAGCAAAUGGUGAAGUCUGCGCCAGCGUCUGAUCUGUUCCAUCUGCAGUUCGAAUGCGACCCGCCAGUCGAGAAACGCGCCGUCCUGCCCAUCGGGGACUGGGCGCUCUGUGGGACCGACCGCUCCCGCCGUGCCGUAUUAAGAGACUCUACAUUCGCACUGAUACUGGCUCCUGCCGAUAGAAACUAUGUAACGACGGCUCUCUUGCAAGCGAGGCUGUACGAAGCAUUACGAUCGGGUGCUAUCCCGGUGAUACUCGGCGGCGACCGCAUCAGGUUGCCGUUCGACGAGGUCCUGGACUGGCGGCGCGCGACCGUGUCAGUGCCGCGCGCGCGCGUGCCCGAGCUGCACGUGUUGCUGCGCGCGCUGGGGGACGCCGACCUGCUGGCGCUGCGGCGACACGCGCGCGUGCUGUGGGAGCGCUACCUGAGCUCGGUGCAGGCGGGCGUGGACGCGCUGCUGGCCAGCCUGCGCACGCGCCUGCUGAUCCCCGCGCGGCCCGUGUCUCCCACUGUGGGCGCCCCCGCCUUUAACGACUCCUACUACCCGCCCCGGUUGGAACCUCCCGCGGUGGAUGCUGAACCGGAAGAAACACUCGGGCCGCUGGAAGCUCCUUACCCCAGUCCUGCUUACCGUCGCAAUUUCUCCGUGGCAUUGUUACAUGGGUACGAGAUGUGGAACGAUUGGGGAGAACCUUUCGCACUGUAUCCGCAGUUACCGUGGGAUCCGGUAGUGACGUCAGAGGCUAGGUUCAUGGGGUCGGCGGCAGGGUUCCGGCCGGUGGGCGCGGGGGCGGGGGGCUCGGGGAGGGAGUUCAGUGAGGCACUGGGCGGGGACCGGCCGCGGGAACAGUUCACUGUCGUCAUACUCACGUACGAGAGGGAGACCGUACUAGCUGCAGCCCUGGCGAGGCUCAGGGGGUUGCCGUAUUUAAAUAAGGUGGUGGUAGUAUGGAACGGUCCGUCGUCCCCCAGUAGCGUGUCGUCGUGGCCGGAGAGUGGUGCCCCGGUGGCAGUGGUGCGAGCGCCGCGCAACUCCCUCAACAACCGGUUCCUGCCGUACCAUCUCAUUGACACCGAGGCAGUACUCUGUGUCGACGAUGACGCCCAUCUCAGACAUGAUGAAAUCGUCUUCGCUUUUAGGGUUUGGCGCGAACAUCGUGAUCGUAUCGUCGGCUUCCCUGGCCGGUAUCAUGCGUGGGAUCUCAACUUUAACAAUGGAUUCCUAUACAAUUCUAACUACAGCUGUGAGCUGAGCAUGGUACUGACGGGCGCUGCGUUCGUACACCGGUACUACCUGUGGGCCUACUGGCGCACUCUGCCGGCCGCCAUCAGAGACUACGUGGAUGAAUACAUGAACUGCGAGGAUAUCGCUAUGAACUUCUUAGUCUCACAUAUUACUAGGAAACCCCCAGUCAAGGUGACUUCAAGAUGGACGUUUCGGUGUCCUGGCUGCCCUGUUACACUGUCAGCAGACGAGACACAUUUCCACGAGAGACAUAAAUGUAUACAGUUCUUCUCACAGGUCAUGGGAUACACGCCUCUACUAACAACGCAGUACCGCGCCGACUCCGUACUCUUCAAGACACGGAUACCGCACGACAAACAGAAAUGUUUCAAGUUUAUAUAG